AUCGUCAACGAGGUCACAAAUCUAAUUUCAAGACAGUGUCCGUGUUACUGGAAAUUGCGGUUUUGAAAUGGUUUAUUUCUUGGCAAUACUUGUUUCGAUUGGUUUCGUCGCGACUAACGGGGAUAUUCUUCUACCCAUAUAUGGAUGUUUAAUUGAGGGAUUCAUCGCCGGCUCGGAAAACGUAACAGAAUUUGUUUAUUGCGCUCAACUUCCCAACGGUGGUUUUUAUGAAAUAGAAUACAAGUGUCCAAUUGGUGAAAGGUUCUUAACCGACCAACAAAAAUGUGUUUCGGGGAAUGACCUCGAAUUCCACGAAGUGCUAGAAAUAUUCCCUUGUCCAACGCAAGGACGUUUUCCAAACACGCAAUCACUGGACUGCAGAACAUACUACUCGUGUUCGGCGAGUAACAACGCAACUUUGAUUACAUGUCCAGGCUCGACAGUGUUCUCUUGGAUUACUAAAAAGUGUGUGCUGGACCUUAAUUUUACGUGCCCUACCUCCGUGAUGAAUACCACACUAGAAAGCAGCACACUUCCAGCCAUCAUAGGAACAACUAGCCAGAAUCGGUUUACAUGCAAUCGUACAGGACGUUACGCCGAUCCCGACUCUGUAAACUGUCGCAGUUAUUUCCUCUGUACAGCGACAAUCGAUGGAAAUUUUGAACCGAUACUUUAUGAAUGUCCUUCUACUACAGUAUUCUCCCCUGAAGUAAGUAGGUGUGUAUCAAGUCAACAGUAUCACUGUGUAGGACUGGAUCAUUCUGUAACAUCUUCUGCUACCGAAGUUAGUACAGUCGGGUUUGACAGUAUUUGUCCUGGAAUAGGCCGAUUUCCUAGCAAAGAAUCGUCGGAUUGUAGAACAUAUUUGAUUUGUACGAUGGGAAGUUCCGGAAAGCUCACCGGUAGAUUGAACAAAUGUCCUGCCUCAACUAUAUUUUCUUGGACUGAAAAUAAAUGUGUGGUUGAGGGUCGGUUUUCUUGUCCAGUCAGCAAUUAUUCAACGACAACGGAAAGAUCAACUCACAUAGGAGAUUUUGAGUGUACAGAAAACGGACGAUUUCCGAAUAAAAACUCAACCGAUUGUUCGUCGUACUUUUUAUGCGCCACCAGCUCAGAUGGCAGCUUUCAUCCAGUAUUAGUUCGUUGCCCUGAGAACACUUUGUUUUCAUGGGAGUCGAGAAAUUGCGUUAUGAACACAAGCUACAUCUGCCCAAAUCAUUCCCACACGACGAAAACUCCAGAAACAACAGCAGCAAAACAUCCCAACACAUCAACAUCGACUACCAUGACAUCGCCUACAACAUCUUCGUGUUCCACUACCGGACGGUAUCCAAAUUCGGAUGGAACUGGUUGCCGCUCGUACAAAUAUUGUCUUCAGGGUGCAAACGGAGAACUGUUGGAAAUUGUUUGGACAUGCCCCGCUGAAACAUUGUUCAAUCCGGCAGAAUCCCGUUGCGUCACCAAUUACACGUGCUCACAAUCAGAAACUACAACACCACUGGUUCCUGUUAGCCAAAAUGCUUCCUUUGUUUGUACAGGAAAAGGUCGUUUUCCGGAUCAGACUUCGACGAACUGUGAGACCUUUGUGAUUUGCGUGGAAUCGGCAGACGGCGGUUUUGCAGGGUAUACUCUAAAAUGUCCGAAUGGUACACUGUUCAAUACGGAACAAGGAAGAUGUACGUCUAACUUCAAGUGUCAAGGCUAGAAGCUAGUGAGAUAUAGCAAAAAGUAUCUUUUUCAAUAAAUGCAAAUUUUC